AUGUCCACCACGUGUUUCCUGUGCCAACACUGCCACCAGCCCCUGAAGCUCCGUCAGACCUUGGAGACUCAGGGCUGCAUACAAGGGGCUCCAGGGAAGAUGCAAGGGGACAGUGGCAGCUCCGAGAAGCUUGCAGCCUGUGAGGGGGCCCAGGCAGUUGCCUCCAGCAGCCUCUGUGAACCCGAUGGCAGGAUAUCCCAGGAAAGUGCCAAAUCCUUCACCCUGCUAGGCAGCUUAAUCCCUGUGAGAACUCUGGACAGCACUCAGAAGACUUGCGCCUACAUUUCCGAUGCCAUCUCAGACCCAGAAGCUGUGGACCACCCUCUGUGCCAGGAGUGCACCGAUUGUCUCCUAGAGCAGCUGGACAAGCAGCUGGCGAGCACCCAAAGUGACAUCCAGACCCACAGGCGCUUCCUAGAGCAUGGGCUGCCGCAGGGUGGGGAUGAGGACACCCUGCAGGCCCAACUGUGGGACCUGAUGCAGGAGGAGGCCAGGCUGGCCCGUGAGCUGGGCCACCUGGACAGGAACCAGGCCGACAUUGCCACCCAACUGAGCAUAGCCCAGGCCCAGACGGCUAAGCUGGUCCAGCAGGAGGCGCAGAGCCUGAAGGAGCUCAGGGUCUUACAGUGGCAACAGCAGGAACUGUCAGACCAGCUGUGCAGCCUGGGCAACCAGCUGAUGUAUGCCCAGCACAAGAUGCAGCAACUGAGGACAUAUGACAUCUUCACAGCCACCUUUGAGAUCACGGAGGACGGGCCCUUGGGCGUCAUCAACGGCUUCAGGCUAGGCCGCCUCCCGCAGGUCCCCGUGGGCUGGGAUGAGAUCAACGCGGCCUGGGGACAGGCGGCUUUGCUGCUGCUGGCCCUGUCCAAAGCCGAGGGGCUGCAGUUUCAGCGGUAUCUCCUGGUGGCCUGUGGGAACCGCUCCUACUUGAAGUGCCUGAGCGGAGAUUGUGGGGACCUGCCCCUGGCCUCCGAUGGGAGCCACAAUGUCUUCCUAGACAACACAUUCGACCGUGCCAUGCUGGCCUUCUUGGAUUGCCUGCGGCAGUUCCAGCAGGUGGCUGGGCGCUGCGGACUGCGCGUGCCCUACAGGGUGCACGCGCAGGAGGGGCUGCUGAGGGACCCAGCUUUCCCCAGGGAGCGCUGUUCAGUGCGCGCGCACCUCAACACAGAGGAGCAGUGGACCGAGGCGCUCAGGCGCAUGCUCAGCAACCUCAAGUUCUGCCUGGCGUGGGCCUCCCAAAGGUACCGUCCAAAAUUACACCGGGCUUCCACCAAGACGCUGGGUGGCAAAAUGGACCAAUGGUAA